AUUGGAUAAAGAACAUAGUUUCUUCUAGUCCUCCCCUUAAUCAGCUGCUGUGUCCUCUCAGUGAGAAGUCAUAGAAAGCUGUUCGGUUUUUUGAAGCAGAGCAGAGCUGCCAUACUUCAGAUCUUUGGAAUCUGAGUUUGAAUGAUACCAAGACGAAAAGUGUGUUGAUCCGUAAAUUGAUAUUAGACAGUGGGUAGGAGAGAACUGACAAAACAUCUUUUCAGCAUCAGUGAGCUGCAACCGGUCUUGGGGAGUUGAAUCUUGUACCAUGUUUCGUGAUGCGUCUCCUGGACUGUUGCUGGUGCUCCUCUCUGUGCUCGGGCUGUCUCAUGGCUGCCUGCCCGAGCCUCCUUCAGCCUACAGAUUCACAGGCAUCGUGUGCCGGCUCACCUACCCCGCUGCAGUUGUGCUGAAUGAGAAAACCACAAAAGUGAUAGAGGCAGCAUUCCAACAUACCAGAUACCCAAGUGUUAAGGGAGAAAAGUCUAUACUCUUUAUAGGCAAAGUCAUAUAUGGCCUAGACAAUUUGGAGAUUCAUAAUCUGUCGAUUGGACAGAGCGUGUUUGAGCUGCAUCCAGGUGAAGGCAUCGCCUUGAAAAUACACAAUGUAUCUGCAGUCUUCAAGGGGACCAUCCAGUACGGAUAUGGCAGCUGGAUUGUCAACCUUGCACAUUCGAUUGACUUUGAGAUUGAGUCUCAAAUUGAUCUUGGAAUCAACCCAAAACUUUACUGUGGUGCAAGUAAGGUAGCGGCAGACACAUCUGACUGUUACCUGAACUUUCACAAGCUGCAUCUACAUUUGCAGGGGGACAGAGAACCAAACUGGCUGAAGAAGCUCUUCACUGACUUCAUCACUUUCACCGUUAAGCUGGUCGUCAAAGGACAGAUUUGUAAGGAGAUCAACAAGGUGGCAAAUAUACUGGCAGAUUUCAUACAAGACACAGCAAAGGAAUAUCUCAGAAUUGGAGGCAUCAGUGUGGAUAUUGGUAUAACCACUGUUCCUGUCAUCACUGCCAAUUACAUAGAAUCAUACCAUAAGGGCCUGAUGAGCUACAACAACACUGUUUCUUUCAUUAGUGAUUCAAGUUUCCAUCCCAGUCAUCUGACAGAGAACAGGAUGCUCUACUUCUGGGUGUCAGACCAGGUUUUUAACCCUAUGCUCACUGCUGCCCACCAAGACGGAAUGCUUGCAAUCAAUAUAUCCGGACCAGAGCUUACUGACCUUUUCAAGAAGAACCUUUCCAGUGAUAUGCCCGUGUUUAUCAGAAAGUGUCUAUUGGAGUCAACCUCCCCCACACUGAGAGUGUGGAGUUCACGUGUGCCCUCCUUAAACACCUCCACGCUGGGUACCAGAGUGCGGGCGGAGGCCAGCGGAGAGCUUGACUGUGGAGAUGGUGGCACACUCUUCUUUAAAACGAAUGUGGUCGUGGAUGUCACUGCCUCCUACGCCGAAAAGAAACUGUUUCUGCACGGCAACAGGUCACAGGUUGUUGUGUUGCACGCUGAGCUGCCCUCACAAAACGUGUUGUUGAGUGAUGAGCAGCUAGAGUUCAUAAUGGAAGCCAUAAAGGAGAUUGGCAUUCCUAAGGGCCUGUCUGUUCUUGAAGUUGAGCUGACAAAGGUGUUGGACAAGCAGGGAACCUACUUGUUUGACAUCUUUAACCCUGAAGUCUUGCCUCAGGAUGGCUUUGUGAUAAUUCAAAUGGAUUUUGGUUUCCCUCAUCACCUCCUGGUGGAGUUCCUCAAAAAGACAUUACAGUAAUUGUGCUGGAGCUGCAGUAGGACUGGUGACUUGCUUUAUGUACUGUAGUAUCUUGUGCAGAAAACAAGCCCACAGUGAUAUUGUACCCAAAAUGCUAAUGCAUAUAUAGAGAAACCCUAAAAAAGACAGUAGUGUCAAACAGCCAUCAGGGGGCAGUGCUGCACAGCUAUUGAGGUUACUGGCCAGUUAAAUGUCAGCGACUGACAGUGACUAGUUCAAACCCCUGUGAAAACCUGUGUUAGAUCUACGAAGACAUUUAAAUGUGAAUGUCUGUAGUUAUUUUUGGAACAUAUAUCUGGAUGUCAGACUGUAACUUCUGAAUCAACCUGUGAAAGCUUUGUCUGGCUGUCUGUUUGAAUCAUGGAAUGCUACUGACUAAACACGCCCCUACAGUCAGAAACACACAUUCUGCCUUUCUUUCAGCUCCAAACACAAAAACUUUGCAUUUUACGAUCAUUACACAAGGGAAGUGUUCAUUACACAAGGGAAGUGUUUUGAAGAGACUGGAAGUUUAGCUCGGUUUUCAAAAACCACGUUUGUUCUCUCAGUCUGUGAACCUUGGUGUGUUUGAGGCCAAAUUGUGUCCACUUCAUCUUUAUCAUCUUCAUGAUCAUAACCACUGCCCCAAGAAGAUCUGUGUUUAGUCUAUUAAUUAUUAGCAGCUGUAGUUGAACUCUGGAACUCAUACAUUUUUAAGUAGGUUAUUAAGUCAGUGGAUCUGCAGUUUGUAAUUGUGUGUUUUCCCAAUGGGUAGCGUUCAAAAGCCACCACUGCUACAUGUGAGUGUUUUGAACAGAAAACUAUACCAGUCCUCUUCCUUUGCUCACCUGUUGGCAGUAAGGAAAGACAUGUAAACUUUAAACUGAGGUUGUACAAUAUAUAUAUAAGAAAUGAACUGCUGAGUCUUCAUUGCAAAUCAAUCUUGGUCAGGCACCCUCAUCUUUUACUGCUACAGACCAUAAUCAGCCCCAUCUAUCCUGUUUUCACAUAAAAUUCAUUCAAUCUUCAUUUGUUUUGCGUUGUCUUUCUGUAGCUGCAUCUCUUUCAGGUCGAACAACCACAAAUAUGCCGUAAGGUGUUACAGUCCUGCUCGUUAUGUACUUGUGUUCUCUGUACACCUCUUGUUAUUCAAAUCUAGAAAAAAAGUACUUAACUUUGUUUAGCAUGAGGUCAUUUGAAGUACAAACACACUUAUUUACCAGAAUGUGAGCACAUUUACAAAAACGUUUAUUCCAGUGUAAGGUUGUUCGUUUCAUUAGCCCAGUGUAUUUGGCUGGCUCCCUUUAUACUACUCACACUGAUUACUGCAGCAACUCCAACCUUCCUCACGCAGUUUUACAAUGUCAGCUUUUAUUCUACAGCCGUUACGCAAGUGAAAACCAAAGUGUUCUUCACCCUGAAACAUGGUUUUAGAGACUGGAAAUGUUUGAAGUUGUAGAAUUCGUGGGUUCACAGCAAAUUCAGCAUAUUAUAUGUAUAGGAAAGUAAAAUAUAUUAAGAUUUUUAGUCUUUAGGCUGUUUUAGCUUCUAUCAAGUCUUUGUGGUACAGUAAUCUAGUUUUUUGGAAGCUUAAAGGACAGUUGAGGUAAAAAAAAAAAAAAAUCAUGCCACACAUCUGCAGUACUUCUGUAAAAAACACUGAAUUCUGCUGAGUUUUAAUUGUAACAAAUGAGUCAUGUCCUGAAACCGGAUAAGUAGCAGGAGCAGACGACUCUUCACAAACUGACAAAGGCCUGUUUACUUUUGUUCUUGUUUUUAAAUGAGUUCCUCUUCCUCAUCAGAUCUAGAGCUGGUGAAAACACAUGCUGUUGCCAUGUUCUUACUACAAUUUUUUAAUUCUGUGGUUUUGUCUAUGUGGGUAAAAUGACUAAAACAUUUCUUUGAAAACAAACAACAUAAGUUCAGCCAACUACAAUGAAUUGUCUAAACAUGUUUUGGACACUUCCAAAACUAAUUAAACUGGUUAUGCCUUUUUGUUUCAACUUAGUAUAAUUUUUAACUGAUACCACAAUGUUCAGGUCAAGAAGAGAGAGUACAGGUCUUGGCAGUAAGUCAGAUUAGCCUAAAAUGAGUAAAUCCAACCAAUUCAAAAUUAAUGUAAUUACUUUUUAUAUAUUAUGUCACGGUGCUUCAGAUUUGUUUAUUUCAAAUUUGCUUAAUCUGCAUAACAUUUGUGGAGCAUCAGCUCAAACAACAAACACAUGAAUGAGUUUGUUUUUGGCGACAGUGACUCUUUGGGUAACGUGAUGUUGUCAGUUUAUGGAUAGUAGCAUAUCUGGCUGCCAAGCCUGACUCACUACGGCUCUGACCGCAGCAUUCCACACCCCCCUCACGUCAGUCCAUUAUCCCAAUGAGCAUUCCACAUAAAUCUGUUAUGACUGUGCCGUUGUCAACAUCACCGCUGACAAGACACAAGUCUAGCAUUUUAUUGAGAAUCAACAAAUACUGUCCACAUUCAACAGUAACAUCAAAACAACUUAUUUUCAGUUUCUCCUGUGCAGAGGUUAAACUUCAGUGUAUGUAUAUGUAUCAAUAUGCAUAUAUAUAUAAGCUAUGUGUACCUGUCUAUUUUAUAUACACUUUAGCCACAUAAAAGUUUUAACAUUGUACAUGAUUGAUUUCUGAUUUUUUUAUUUUUAAUAAUUUUGUGGUGUUUUGGCAAACACAUCAUGUACAGCUUUUAUCAUCUCAACACUGUAUCUAACUUCCUUCACCAUCACUGGUUCUAGUGAACAUGGCUCAUGGAUUUAACAUCAAAGGAAGAAGAAAUAUAGAGUGGAAAAGAGAGAUACACAUUGAGAACUAAACACAACCAACAACCAAAACAAUUUAAAAUACAGAAAUAAAGAAGAAGAAUUCAUAAUCAGUAAUGACAUGUUUUUUGUCUUAUUUUACUCAUUCUAUUGCUCUUGGUGCUAGAAUGUGCACGAAGGUACAGUUUAGAAAAGCAUGGGCAGGUUAGGUCUUAACAUCAAACCGGAUAUGUUUUCUCAGUAGAACACAGGGUGUGGAGUGCAACUGUGAAAGUUGAAGGACUGUAGGAAAAGUACAAAUCAUGAAAGUCAAUAGGACAAAGUAGAAGAACUUUGAGAGUCAGCUUUGAAGGAGAGGCCUUUCUGGCAGGGCACUCUUCAUCUACACCCCAGCAGGUUUGGCUGGUCGUUCAUGUCCCAUGAUACCGGUGUUGACAAAACCAGUAUGUGAGGAAUUUAUUACAAUGACCAUAUGCAAAAUUGUUCUGUAUGAAAUGAACCAUAACGGAACCACACCUCACUGGAAUGGAAUUGAAAAUAUUUUUUUACCUGUGGUGAGGAAACAAACUCAGUUAAAUAGGC